GCGGAUGUGUGCGUGUGGUUUUACGCACGGUGAGCGCGCACUGAUCCAUCGUCUGUGACUCAGACCGAGUGAGAUCCUGCAGGAGGAAGGGACUCGAACUGAAAACUGCACAAUGUUCAGUAGAAGAUCUUUCCUCGUGGCUCUUCUCUCUGUGGCUGUUGGACUUUACCUGCUUCCUUCCCCCAUUGACCCCAAACCACAUGUACUGAAGGGGCCCCCCCCGGCCCUCGAGGGGCCCCUGGCCGUCAACACCCGUCUGCAGAAAGGCCGCCGGCUGUUCAGCGGCGAACUACACGGCCCAGAAUCCUUCACUGCCGAUGACGACGGUAACGUGUACACAGGGACAGUGGACGGGAAGCUGUGGAGGAUCGGUCCUGACGACAGCCUCACCCUCAUCACACAGAUGGGACAGAAUCUUCCAGAAUGUGGCAGCAGCCCGGACUACGAGCCGCUCUGUGGUCGUCCUCAUGGCGUUCGUCUGGAUCGCCGCGGUCAGCUGAUCGUCGCCGACUCGUACCUGGGGCUUCACAGCGUCGACCCACAAACUGGAGACAAGACUCUGCUGCUGCCGAAUCCUCAGGGGGCUGAUGGCGUUCCCUUCGCCUUUCUCAACGGGCUGGAGAUCUCUCCGCAGACUGGGAUCAUUUACUUCACCGACUCGUCCAGUCGCUGGGGACGCAGACACGUCAAGCUGGAGGUGAUCGAGCUGAACAGCCUCGGUCGUCUGCUCGCCUUCGACCCUCAGACAGGAAGUGUGAGGGUCCUGCUCGACUCGCUCUACAUGCCCAACGGCGUCGUCCUGUCGCCCGACGAACACUUCCUGCUGCUCGCCGAGACCAGCAUCGGACGCAUCCUGAGAUUUUGGCUGAAGGGCCCGAGGGCCGGCACCACGGAGAUCGUCAUGGACAACAUGGUCGGUUACCCUGACAACAUCCGCCUCAGCGACCACGGAACGUUCCUGGUUGGCAUAACGACGCCACGGUUCCGGAAGCUCGUGCCUCCGUUCUUGGACGCGAUCGCUCCGUACCCGGCAGUGAAACGCUUCCUGGCCAAGGUGAUCCCUCUGAGCUGGUACGGUCUCCUGCUGCCGCGCUACGCUCUGGUCCUGGAGCUGGGAUUGGACGGCGAGCUGGUGGGAUCGCUUCACGACCCCGAAGGUCGUCUGACGUGGGCGAUCAGCGACGUGUUCCAGCACCGAGGGAGGACGUACCUGGGCAGCACCGACCUGCCGUUCCUGCCCGUCCUGGAGGGCUGGGACAGCUGAUGAUGGAGAUGAAGACGUGUGCUUUCUUUUUUAAUCUCUGGACGGUUUUAGUUUCUGUCGAGCAGCUAUAACAAAGUUUUUUUUGUCAUGGUUCACUUCUGGAAUAGUCAGCGUCUUUGUUCUUCUGCUCGUCCGAAGCAGUUUUCUAGACGUCCGUCUCUUCAACUACGUUUUCCAGGACAGAAAAGACGUCAGAUCCCAGAAACCAUGUGGAGGGAACUCUGUUUGUUUCCUCGACUUUGUUAUUUUGGUCACUACACUGAAAUCAUCAAUGGAUUUAUAUGUUUUUUAAAGAUCCAGUUUGGAGGAUUUAUGGGUAAUAAUCAGCAGAAUAUAUAUAUUAUAUUCAUUUAGUUUUAUUAGUCUAGAAUCACCUGAAACUAAGAAUCCUCGUGUUUAACAUUGUGUCACGGACACGAUUCAAAAGGGAGGUGGGUGUUUAAUUGGUUCACUCCACCACUAGAUGUCACUAAAUCCUACACACUGAAUAAUUGACUCAAUAACGUUACGAUUUCUCUUUUACAAACACACGUAAUAAUUUUAUGUUUCCUCCUUCUUUCCCAGACACAAAGCGUCUGUGUUUAUAGUUCAGUUAGUUUGUAAACUACAUUUUCACUUAGACUCGGAUUCGUUUAUUAUUUCUGUCUGGAAUGUAAAAAUCUAAUUUUAAAUUAACCCUGUCAAUGUGAUUUUUAAACUUUGAAACCAUAAGAAUGUAAACUCUUAGCACUGUAAUGAAAAGACUGAUUUUUUAAAAAUAAAUGUAUUUUUAAAUUUA